AUGGGUUUCUUAGACACAAUCGCGACAAAAGUCGCUUUGCAGAGGGCGGGGCUGGGCGGCGUUUCCUUACCAAAAGACAACCCCUUUGCUGGCAACUCGAAGGGAACACAAGAUGGUGCUGGAAAUGGAGGCAUGGCGAAUCCAUUCGCCAACAUGCAAUGGCCGCCAAAAGCAUUCUCGUCAUGGCAGGCUCCCCCCAGUCCAGGCCCCCAUUCGCGACGCUCCAAUUAUUGGGGAGAAGGCUCAAUCAAGUCCCAAGCUCCAGUUCCCAACCUCACAGAGAAGCUCUUUAUCAAAAUGCGAAGUCUAGCGAACCGUCAUACCUCGAUCCACUUUAUCGCCGUUUCACAUUGCACGGAACAAGCGACUAAAGACUGGGUAAACAAGGUGGGUGGAUCAUGGAACGUAGACGUUGUAGUCGACCAGUCGAGAGAUCUCUACGCGCUCUGGGGCCUCGGCGUCUCGAAUUGGGGACACCUGCUGAACCCUCGGAACGGUGUCUGGGGACAGCAAGUUGGAGAAGGAGGUUGCAGGUGGCAGACUGGAGGCGCAUAUGCUGUCGAUGAGCGAGGUUUUGUCAAGUGGGGUGGUCCCAUGAAGAGUGUGGACGAAGCGAUUGUUUUUGAAGAGGCUGUUGCGGCAUUGGGUCGCUAA